AUGGUACGUCCGUUUACACACAGCCUGCCGGCACGCGCACUCAUUCUUCUGUUUCAUCCCCAGGAGAUAGAUCAGAGGGUUGACAAUGGUCGCUCCCCAGAGCCUGACCCCGGUAGUGAUGUACCCACUGGCAAUGCACAACCUCUUAUCCCCAACAAUCCGUGUCCCCUGCGUCGCUUCCGCGUUACGGUUGAAGAAGUGGUGGAUGAGGAUGAGGAUGAGGGCGGUGAGGACGACGACGCCCCAGACCCUGGCAGCGACUUUGACCGUGAGCAAAAUGAACAGGCUCCUCGUGAACCGUCUGCAUCACCCGAGCCCGAGCUGCCCGAACAUGAGGUCCCCUUGGGCACACCAGAACCGGAACCCGUCAUCGACAAUCCCAUCAAGCCUGUGCUGAAGGAUCUCCAGCUGAACAUGGAGUUCAUUGAGCUCCUGAAGACCGCCAGCCUGGCAGACAGCGGCCUCGAUCCUGAUGUCCUCCACCGUAUCCUGAACCCGCCUCAGUACCCUCUCGAGAUUGACGAUCCUGAUGUCCUGUACUCCAUCGAUCUCUUCUUUGCUACACUCAACGCGUCUGAAGAGACCUACGAGGAUGCACGACAGGCGUAUAUUCGCCGCCACCCUCACGACAAGGACAAGAUUCUCUCGUAUCACAAUGUCCGCAAGAAAAUCGAGGAGCUAAGCGGUGUCGUCCCGCACAUUGAACAUCAAUGUAUCAGAUCGUGUAUGGCAUACACCGGACCUCUGAAGCUGCUGAAGGAGUGUCCGCAUUGCAAGACCCCACGGUACAAGCCCUCGACGAGCGGCAAGGAGGUCCCACGCCAAGAGUUCUUCACUAUACUUCUCGGUUUCCAGCUGAAUGCUCUGCGGCGAUCCAAGGAAGGGGCUACCGCUUCUCGCUAUCUCUGGGAGGCUACAAAGCGCACUUUGGCCGAGCUAGGCAUCUCAGACGGCGUGAUCCAAGUCUUCGAGGAUCUGUGCCAUUCAGAGGAGUACCUUGAGGCUGUCGACGACAAACGCAUCGGGCCUCAUGACUCCGUCCUCCAGCUCUCUAUCGACGGCGCCCAGCUUUAUGAGAAGAAGCAGUCUGACUGCUGGAUCUAUAUCUGGGUGCUCUACACGCUGGACCCGAAGACACGCUACAAGAAGGCCCAUAUACUACCAGGAGGUAUCAUCCGCGGUCCUGAGAAACCGAAGAAUCUCGAGUCCUUUCUAUUCCCUGGGUUAUACCACCUCUCUGCGCUGAUGAACGACGGUCUGCCCUUCUGGGAUGCUGUAGACAACAAGGUCUAUGUCGACCACCCGUUCUUGGCCUGGGUCACCGCCGACGGUCCAGCAAUGGCCCAAAUGAACGGCCUUGUCGGCCACCACGGAGCUCGUGCUUGCCGCCUAUGGUGUCCCAUGCCCGGGAGACGGAAGGAAGGUUGUCCCCACUACUAUCCAGUGCUCCUGAAGCCCAACGCAUACACGGUCGACGGCUGCGACCACGCCGACAUACCAAGCCAUGCCCUGCCACGUCCCGACAUCGAAGAAUAUCAGGAUGCGCUUCGGAAGGUGUGCGAAUCCCGUACAAACGCCGAGUACGAGCGAAAUCGCAAGAAGUAUGGCAUAGUCAAGCCGUCGCUUUUCAGUGGCCUCCCACGCAUCUUUGCUCUGCCGCACUGCUUUCCUCUGGACAUCAUGCAUCUCGGGGCUCUGAACAUACCUGAUCUAUAUCUCAGUCUGUGGCGUGGUACUAUGGAUGGGAACCCUGACGACAAGAAGACUUGGGACUUUGCUAUCUUUGCUGGGAAAACUGAGGGCGCCGAUCGCUGGAAAUUCCAUGGCGAAGAGGUUGUGCUCUCUAACCCCUUCCUUCCUGGCUCAUUCGAUCGCCCUCCUCGGAACAUUGCUGAGAAGAUUAGCAGUGGCUACAAGGCCUGGGAGUUCCUCACCUACUUCUAUAACCUCAGUCCUGCAUAUCUCCGACACGUCUUGCCCCGGAAGUACUGGCUUCAGCACUGCAAAAGUGUCUCUGGGUUCCUACUUGUCCACGGCUGGUCUGUGCGUGCGGAGGACAUCCAGCAGGCCCAUGUACUCCUCAAUGAGGCGGCGAUUGAGUUCGAGGAAAUCUACUGUCAGCGCCAGGCGGACCGGCUCCACUUUGUUCGCCCUUGCCUGCACACCUCGGGGCAUGCCGCAGAGGAGAUCCCGCGCACUGGUCCUCUCUCUACCAACUCACAGUGGGUCAUCGAGCGCGCAAUUGGCGACUUCGGCGGUGAGAUACGCCAACAUUCCAAUCCCUACGCCAAUCUCUCACAACGUGCCGUCAUCCGCUCACAAAUCAAUGCGCUCCGAGCCAUGCUACCAAAUGUGUUCAAGUCGGACCUUGGCACUGCGCACAACAAGCUCCCGCGAGGCUCUAUCAACCUGGGCGAUGGCUAUGCACUCCUGCGUGCUCGUGCGCGUACCGCCUACCAUGUUCCUCCGGCUGAGGCCGAAGCCUUCACAUCAUUCCUGACCAAGGAGGGCGUGCUGGGCGUGGGCGAAACCUUUACUGACAAGGUACGCAAGUGGGCGCGCGUCCGUCUUCCGAACACGCAGAUUGCACGGUCUGCCUGGAAGGAGACCCUCAAGCCCCUGAACAAGCUGCGCAUGUCGCGCAAUGUGAAGGUAUGGUGGACCGUAACCAUAUACCUCAGCAGUACUAAUAUUGCAUAUCAGUUCUGCGAUGGACAGGUCCCCUCGAUUGGCGAAGUGCAAUACUUCUGCCAGAUCGACGUUGGCGAGGAUACCCGCACGGUUGCACUCGUGUCUGUUUGGGGCUCUCCGGAUGCAGCACUCUUGCAGGACUCCUACGGCGCUGUAUACAUGUCGAAGUACCGAGGAGACGCGGCUCUGCGAGUCAUCGACGUGACUGCAAUCACCUCGGUGGUCGCCAUGGUGCCCGAUGUGCAUCGCCCUCGGACGGAUGCAACACCACAGCUGAUCUUGGAUGACGCCUACUUCCUGGCAGAACGGGUGGGGCUGGAUGUGAUGAGAUUGGGGCGAGACACUCUCGAAGUGAUAACUGAAGAGUAA